AUGAAGCCCGUUGGGAACGGCGAGGGGGAGGAGGAGGAGGAGGAGGAAGAUGGGGAAAUCCAAGAGAGCGAAAUCCCUACCAACAGCAACGGCCAAGCAGCUACCCCCGGGAGCACUGCCGGAGAGGCGCUCCCGCAUCAAGGCCUCCAGCAGAUCGAGCAGGCGAGGAGCUUAGUCGAAGCUGCUCCUGGGGACGGCGGCGGCGUCGAUAGGGUCAAGAAGCUCCUUGUGCAGUCGAAGGCGGCGUAUCUUCAGGCAGCCAGCGCGCUGGCAGCAGCUGGAGAAGAGAACACGGACGUGUCCGCCAUCUCCCAGGGAGCGCCUCAGGCGGCCCUCAUCUGCGUGGCCUCAGAGGCGGUCUUCCCCAAAGCGAUAGCGCUAGUCAGGUGGUUCUGCUCGAAGCAUGUCGCCAGCCUGUGCGAGGUGUCCCAGGCCAUGGAGAUCGAGGCGAAGCGGUUAGAAAAGCAGAGCAAGAGCAAGAGCAAGAGCAAGAGCAGAAACAGAAGCAACAAAAGCAGCAGCGGCGUCGCUGCCGGCAGCGGGGGACAAGCCCAGGACGAAGGCUCGGGCACACGCGCCGAGAGGGCCACUCGGCUGCUGCGUGUCCUGAUUAGCUCCUUCAACGCUUUCCUCGAGCAGUCUUCUCCGGGGAGCGGGAUGUUCAGCACCGCCGCGCACGUCCGUGUGCUUGACAUAGCCGUGAGCCUGGCGAGGAAGGCGAUCGAGAGGCUCAGCCGAGAGUGCUCCGCCGACCCAUCGGUGGGCAAGGCGGCGGCCAGGCUGAGGGGGCUCACGGCGGCCGCCUGCUUCGCGUCCGUGUCUCCUGCCCUCGACGGCGGUGGCGAAGCCGACGAAAAAUCGCAAACCAAAGAACAAGUGCCGGCGGCGCCGAACUCAGACAACCUUGACAGGAUGGGGAAGAAGGACGUGGACAAGCUCUUGGUGUGCAUCUCGGGGGGCGAGGGCAAGAAAGACGAGGCGUACCUGUCUCCGCCCUGCAUCUGCGUCGAGGCGAUAGGGGCCCUUCGAAGGCAAGAGAAGAGUGUGGUUGCGACUCUGGCCCCGCCGACGUAUGCCACCAUAGCCGAGGCCUUCGCGGCGGCGUUGCGGUGCAUGACUCGAGGAGCCGUCGGGGGUCCUGAAGGGGAAUGGAGCCGCCGGCCGGCGCUCAACGACGCCAACGUUCGGCACACGCUGUUCGCCUGCUGCUGCCACCUGGCGGAGGGACUGCCCGCCGCCACCUCCCCGCCGCCGGACGACAGCCGCCUCCGGGGGCACGGCAAGCUCGUGUCCGCCCUCAAGGCCUGCCACGUCAUGCGGGGCUUCGUCACGGACGGCCACCCCCUUCCGCUUGCCACCGCCCGACCCGGCGGCGGUAGCGGCGAAGCUCCCGCGGUGGCGGCCGGGGUGGUCAUCCGUGGAAGCGGCGCCGCCGGCAUCGGGAGCGCCUGCGCUUCCUCAAGCGUUGUCACAGCCGCCACCUCCUCGACGACCGGGUCUGCCUCGAAAACUGCCGGUGACCACUGUGCUGGUGCUGAAGCUGCUGCUACUGUUGAAGCCGAUUGCGCUGAAGCUGCUGCUGCGACUGAGUCGGCGGUGGACGCUACGGCGGCCGUUCCACUAGCGGCUGCUGCUGCUGCUGCUGCUGCUGCUGUUGAGAGCGAUGUUGAGCUUGGACACGAAAAGGAUGCGGGAGUUGUCGACGCGCGCAGCAGCGAAGGGCCUCUCUCGAAAUCCGCCGCCGCUUCCAAUGCGGCCGUCGCGUCCCUUUGUCCCGCCACCGGGGAGAGAACGAAGGCACCGCCCGUGCGGUCACCUGCGAAACAACCGGUGGCAGGAAAGAGGCGGACGGGCAAGAAACCGGGGGCGGCAGAGGAGAAGUUGAAAGGCGCGGCCACGGCCGUUCCGGCAGCGUCACGAUCAGAAGCAGCGCCACCACCAGCAGCAGACCCGACAGAAGGUGGUGCGAGAGCUGGCGGGGGCAUCGCCGAGUCUGCCCUACCGACGGCAGGCGGCAGCCAUGCCAAGAAGAGGCCUCGCUCCCCUCUUCCCUCCCCCCGACAAGAAGAAGAGGGAGGACGGCCAGAACGGCACGGAGAAGCCAAACGCCGCGCUGCUGCCGCCCCGCGUGGCGGGCGACUCGCGGCCGACCUGGCGUUGCUUCCCGCAAGGCAACAACGACAGACGGAACCGCGGGGCGGCGUCGUCGUCGACGCCAACGCCACCGCGGCAGCGCGCACGUCGCAUGCAGGCAAGCCGACGCCAUCGGCCAGCUCGAAGAGCGGCGGUUCGGCGACCCCGGCGGACGAAGAAGAGGGUCCGUCGAUGGCGGCUCUCUUCGGAGAAGAAGAAGAUAACGAACCGGAGUCGGCGACAGCAGCAGCGGAAGCCGACGUCGAGGUACCGGGGGCAGCUGUGCUAGCGGCGGCGGCGGAAGCGCUGGCGGUGGAGGUGGCGGCGGCGACCGCGACGGCGACGGCAUCGGCAGCGGAUACCGGCGUUGCAGACGGGGCGAUGCCGUCAGCGGCGGCGGCGGCGGCACCGGCGACGAAGUCGUAUCCGCCGCUGCAAACGGCGCCCGAGAAAAAGCCGGCGUGGCGGGAGGGGGAGCGGUACGGGGUCGUCUUGGGAGAAUCGUUCUACGGCAGCGGUGGUGGUAGUACUUUGGCCGCGAGCAGCAAGAGCGGUGGUCGUGUAGCCAAAGGGGGCACAACCAGAGGUGUUGUCGACGAUGACGAUACGGGUGAGAACAAUCCGGGGCAGUACGUCCACCUCAAGUACGACUUCGUGCCCGGGCGGACGAACCUGGACGUGCCGGCCACGCUGCGGCAGCGGCCGCUGACUGAGAACGAAGGGAGGUGGAGAGGCCGCGGCAAAGGUACCGGCGGCGACGUCGGCGGUGGUGGGCAGCAGCAGCGGUGGGCGGCAGAGAUGGAGUACGAAAGCCGAGAUCCCUCCAACCCGGAACCCGUUCGUUUCACUGGGGAUGCUGUAAGGGCGCAAGACGUGGAGUGCGUGCUGGUGUUUGACGGCCAGCAGUUCGUGAUGGAUCGCGUGGCGGUCGUCGGGGGGCUUAAGAACGUCCAGGAAUUCGACGGCCUGGCGGCGGGAGGGUCGGGAGGGCCUACGCCGGAGGCCACCCUGGCGAAGAGGAAGAAGGACAUCAAGUCCAAGAAGAUCAAGGAGGAGAAGCAGAGGGCAAGGGAUAGCGAGCGAGAAGCCAAGGCCGCGAAGAAGGCGGAAGCAAAGGCGGCCGAAAUGGCGGCGAAAGCGGCAGAAAAAACGGCAGCGAAAGCCGCGAAGGCGGAAGAAAAGGCUGCGGCAAGAGCCGCAAAGGCCGCAGAAAAGGCGGCGGCAAGAGCCGCCAGGGCUGCAGAAAAGGCCGCAGCGAGAGCGGCAGCUAAGGAGACGGGUCCAGCCAAAGGAGGAGAGGCAAGGCCAGCGCGGGGAGGUGACGGGAACAUCUUGGGGUAGCCGCUGCCGCUGCUGCUGCUGCCAGAAAUAGAAGCAGCAGGAUGGAGGCGAAAGAGGCAGCGGUUGGCAAGGAUAAGGUGGCGAUCGGAGACGCUUACCGAAAUCGCGUCGGUUAUCCCGUCAAGAGGACGGGGUGUCUCGGUCCCCGAGGCGUUAUUGUUCUGCGUUUGUCGAGGAAGAAAGUCGCAGCUGUUGCUCGGACUUGCUUCCUGCUAGCGAUGCCUCGGCGUAUGCUGUACCACAACGUUGAGACUAGGCGUGCGAUCUAACGGAUGAAACACGACGAAGGGGGGGUGGGGUGGAUUCCACAACGGCGAGGCCUCCGCGGGACCGUCGUGGCUGUGGUUGCGGUGUCUGGAUGUGACGGUGGUUGUGCUAGCACUUACGUCGCGAGACAUGUUCGUUGGCUCGCUUCCCCUCCGUCCCACUUACAUGUUGAUAGUGUUUUCGGCGUUCCCUGUUGUUGCUUGGCUUGUCAACGCAUUCAUGGGGGG